CAAAACUAUUUUGGCCAAGCCGCCAACAACAGGACACACACCACCGACCACAGCAGCCACGUACCAUGGGAGAUGUUGCGGAGCUCAAGAAGAAGUGUGACGGGCUCAAGGACAAGAUCCAGUCCGUGCGCACGGCCAAGAGCAACGGUGGGUUCGAAAACGACGGCACCAAAGCGAUUCCCCCAGCGCCCAAGUGUCGCCGCGUGCUGAAAGGUCACUUUGGCAAGAUCUACGCGAUGCAGUGGGGUGGCGACUCGACCUCCCUCGUGAGUGCCUCUCAGGACGGCAAGCUCAUUGUGUGGAACGCGCAAACGACCAACAAAGUCCAAGCCAUUCCGUUGCGCAGUUCAUGGGUCAUGACGUGUGCGUACGAGCAAAAGCAGCGCAACAUGGUCGCGUGUGGUGGCCUCGACAACUUGUGCUCGAUCUAUCAGCUUGGGCAAGCGCAAGUGAUGCGGGCCACCAAGGAACUGGCGGCGCACGACGGGUACUUGAGUUGCUGUCGCUUUCUGGACGAAGCCAACAUCAUCACCAGUUCUGGCGACUCGACGUGCAUCCUCUGGGAUGUGGAAUCGGGCGAAGUCAAGACCACAUUCAAAGAUCACACCGGCGACGUCAUGUCCGUGUCCAUCAACCCACACCACCAAAACAUGUUCAUCUCUGGCUCGUGCGACUCGACGGCCAAGGUGUGGGACGUCCGGUCGGGCAAGUCGACGCACUCGUUCCACGGCCACGAGUCCGACAUCAACUCGGUCGACUUCUUUCCGGACGGGAACGCGCUGGGUACGGGAUCCGACGACUCGAGUUGCCGCCUCUUCGACUUGCGCGCGUACGGUGAGCUCAACAACUUUUCCAACGACAAGAUCCUCUGCGGUAUCACGAGCGUGUCGUACUCCAAGUCGGGUCGGUUCAUGUUUGCCGGCUACGACGACUACAACUGCUACUGCUGGGACGUGCUGUCCAACACUGGAGCACACGUGUACCAGUUGACUGGCCACGAGAAUCGCGUGUCGUGCUUGGGCGUGAGUCCGUCCGGCCAGGCGUUGUGUACAGGCAGCUGGGAUACGCUGCUUAAAGUGUGGGCUUAGCUGCGCCUGUGAACGACGAGGAUGUCCCAACACCGGCGGAUUGUUUGGCCUGUCGAUUGGUCCUCGUCGGUCGGUUGCACCAAAGUACGCCACCACCAGACCGUGAACCGUUGCAUAUAUAGCAUAUACAUAUCUAUAAAUCGUGAACAAGAAGAGCAUAUGUAUUAUACAUUCAUUCGAUACUGU